AUGGAUUUCGAAACACCACCACACGAUAGCGAGUCACCGAUUGAUCAAUCAAGGCCUGUACAGCCUAUCGCCUCAUCCAGAAGCUGUCUCACGUGCCAUCGCCGCAAGGUUCGCUGUGACCGCCGAAACCCGUGCAAUCACUGCUCACGCAACAAUAUCCCCUGCAUCUUCCCGUCAGCAAACCGUCCGCGGCGUUCUCUUUUGGGAUCGUCAUUGAAUGGAAAUGACGAAGAUGAUGCGGCAGAUGAAAUCACCUCGAGGCUGCAAAAGCUGGAAAGCAUCGUAGAGGAUCUACGAGGCAAAGUCCCCAAGAAGCCCAACGCCUCCCGCUCUGCAGCCUUCCAGCAGCCUUACGGGAGACUACUGCUGGAUCCUGACGGCAAAGCGAAAUACUUGCAUAGUGCAUUUUGGAUGCACAUCAAUGUACAGCUGGAACAGCACGUUGAUACGGACUGGUUGUCAAAUGACCCAAAAGCAAAUAACCAUAAAAGCAGCAAUCGAAUAAUGAUACCCUCAGCGGCAUCCGCUCUUGACAGUAGCCAGACUUUUAUUCACGGACCAUUAGACGGACUGAAUCUCCAGAGUCUUCAUCCGCUACCCUCACAGAUUCCCUACUUGUGGCACGUAUGGAAGACGAAUAUCGACCCUAUGACGAAAUGCUUCCACGUACCCACUAUGCAAAAGAUUAUAGAAACCAUCGCUACGGAUAUGUCCCAUUUGCCACCUGCGAUUGAGACACUUCUCUUUGCGAUCUACUAUGGCGCAAUCACAUCCCUUGACGAUGCCGACGUUCUCAAAGAUAUGGGAGUAGAGAAGCAGCCGUUACUUAAGCGCUUUCGGUUUGCUAUUGAGCAAUCACUCGCCAAAGCACAGUUCCUUAUAGUUCCCGAAAUUCUCACAUUUCAGGCACUAGUAUUAUUCUUGCUUUUCUUAAGAAAGAAUGGCGAUUUUAGACACUCUGCCAUGCUGAUACCACUGGCCGUACGCAUUGCACAGUCGCUGGGCCUUCACAGAGACGGCACCCACCUUCAAAACCUUUCGCCCUUCCGCACUGAAAUUCACCGGCGACUAUUCUGGGGUGUAGUGGUGCUCGACAGAAGAGCGUCCGAGGAUAUUGCCAUGGAUCCGAUGUUUGUUUCUGGCGCAUACGAUACACACCCUCCUCUUAACAUUAACGAUAGCGACCUACUGCCACAAGCAGCGCAUUUACCAACCGAGCGCAAGGGCUUCACGGAGUCAAGCUUUGUACUGAUUCGAAUCAAAACACUUCUCACAUCGGAAGCGGUGCAAAAGAUGAUCUUGACGGCAGCCGAUGGUAUACGAACGCAGGCAGAAAUUGAUCAACUACAGGCGCGAUGCAAUGAAGAGUGGCAAAACUGCGCGGCAUACAUCCGCGAGCACUACAUUGGUGCAGAUGCUACACCUGACAUCAGGUUUAGAUGCGAAGCGAUGAUGGGAUUAAUUAUGGCAAAGUUGCGACUGAUGACGCAAUGCCUAAUUCCAAGCAUGAGUGAAGACGGUGUGACAGUAACGAUACGGCGGCCUCCGAGCCUCUUGCGUGUUGCGUGUAUCAGCGAAAUGUUUGAGUUCAAUCACCUCGGAACACACCAUCCCUCUCUGAAGCAGUUUAGAUGGGUUUUCAUCUCAUACACUCGAUGGCAUGGCUCUUCUAUGAUGCUCACAGAAAUGUUACGACACCCAUGGAGCUCCAUUCUGGAACGUGGUUGGGAGGCUAUGCAUAAUGUCUUUCAGGACUCCGGCCCGGGAGAGCUUGAACAGCUUGCCGAAAGAACUGUCAUGGUUGUGCCCUUCCAGAAGCUAUACCAUUUGGUUACACAGUAUCGAAAGUCUGAGCUAGCUCGUCUAAGGGCGGACCCCGAAGCUGCUCUCCAACUUCACGCGGCGACGGUGCAUCCCAAGGGCCUAGGCUUAUUUGAAAUGUCCUUUGACGAGUAUAUAGUAAAAGCUGACAAGUCCUGGCGCCAGCUUGUAGGGUUGAGCACUGAAACCUCGCAAAGCUCGCCAGUCGAUGUCGAAGGAACGCAAUCCGGAUACAACAAACUAUACGAUGUAAUCAUGAGCAGCGGACGACAGGACUGUGCCGAGGAUGAGAUAGCCAAUGGUCACGAAGAACCAGUAGAGUACGAUUUUGAAGCGCUGAGCCAGCAGGAGAUGCAAGACUUUUACAAUUUUGCCACAGUCUAG